UUGCCACAUAUCUCCAUAGAAACCAUAGAAUUCUCCCUGUAUGUAUAGGAUGUUUAAGCUGACAUUUUCCUGAUUUGAAAUUGCCAGGAUGACAAGACCGAUACUACCAAUGCUAAAUUAUUUUAUGAUUAAUAUAUAGUUCUCCAACAUCCUUUUUCUCCAUAUUUGUUGAAUACUGAAUUCAACAGCCAUUUGGCAGCCACCACAAUUAUCAGACCAACAUGCCUUGGCCAUUUUCUGAGUCUAUAAAGAAGCGGGCAUGCAGAUACCUUUUGCAUCGGUAUUUGGGCAAUUUCCUACAAGAGAAACUGAGUUUAGAUCAGCUUAGCUUAGACCUCUAUCAAGGCACUGGAUCCCUGGCACAAGUGCCGUUGGACAAGUGGUCUUUGAAUGAGAUCUUGGAGUCAGUGGAUGCUCCCUUCGAGGUAAUAGAGGGCUUCAUCCAGACCAUCUCUCUGACCGUACCAUGGGCGUCCCUGCUGCAGGAGAACUGUGCCCUCGAGGUCAAGGGACUGGAGAUGGUGUUCAGACCCAGACCACGCAUGGCAUCAGGUAUGGAACCCAUGUACUGGUCCAGCUUCAUGACGAGCAGCAUGCAGCUUGCCAAAGAGUGUCUGAGCCAGAGACUAACGGAUGACUUGGGGGAAAGCUUUCAGCCACUAGAGGGAUUGGAGAAGUUUGCAGAGACCAUAGAAACAGUUCUGAGAAGAGUCAAGGUGACUUUUUUGGACACGGUUCUCAGAAUAGAACAUGUUCCAGAAAAUUCCAAAACAGGAAUCGCUCUUGAGAUGCGAAUCAACAAGAUUGUUUAUUGUGAUGAGACGGGCGAGGAGAGCUCCAGUGUGAAUGUGCACCAGCCCACCACGUUUGCACAUAAAAACCUGCAACUGGAGGGAGUCACCGUCUUCUGGGACGAGUUUUCAGAGGCGGCCAGAGCUGGCUUCAAAUCCUCACCCAUCCCAGCAGAGACAGAGGCCAAGCUAUCCCCCAGCUGGAACCCCAGAAUAAUCUGUGAGCCACACCCCCAGUUCACAGAGCCUAUUUCCUCUGCAACACCCUUUGAACCCAUGCAGAUUGGUCACCUUAGUGGCAGAAUCGAUCUGUCGCUUGUCCUGAAACAGAACCAAACCAUGCCUGGAGCAAAGUUGGAUGUUGAUGGACAGAUCAGUACAAUGAUCGUGCUGCUAUCUCCACGGCAAGUUCACCUACUCCUGGACAUGUUUGGAGUUUUUUCAGGCUCAGGUGGGCCGGAGUGGGGGAAGGACAAGAGGAACCGUCCCAUGCAGCAGGAGGAUGAGUAUCGGCUCCACAUGGAGCUAAACCGCUGCCUGAAGAAGGACUCAAUGAUGGCCGGGGAAGACCCUGACCUUUUCGAGAGCCAGACCACCAGAACUGUGUCCAGCCGAGAGGAUGUCUUCUUCUCCAUGGCUGACAUGGACAUGUCUCACAGUCUGUCAUCCCUCCCCCCACUGGGGGAACCGCCCACUGUGGACCUGGACCUGUCACUCAACAGUAACUACUCCCCCUCUCCAGGAGAGUCUCCCUCUGGCAAUGCCACGAACCUCUGGGACGAUUACCUUGAUGUGCCCAGACAGAGGGAGAAACAGACCCAAGAAAGCCCUUUCCUGAUGCGGGACUCACCACUCCAACACAAGCUGCUGAGGCAGACCUCCCACCCAACCAAAGCCCAUGGUGAUGAGUCCAGGCCGGAGCUGGUCUUCAGGCUGACACUGGGGAGCCUGGCUGUGUGUGUUCUCCACAUCGACCCCUUGCCCCCACCAGAUGCUGCCCCCAGCCUCCUGGCCCCCAUGGCUGCUGACUUCUUCAGGGUUGUCUGCUCCGACCAGCUCCCCCCAGCAGGGUUCAUCCAGUUACGCACAGCGUUUGACGAUGCCUGCCCCUAUGACCACCUCAGGUUUGUGGCUCAGGGGAUGAAGGUGACAUAUGAGCAUUGUCAGGGCUCCAGCCUGCACAGCUUCAGCACAGACGUGUCCCUGGGCCAGAUGGAGCUGCUGGAGUGUCUCUUCCCCUCUGAGGCCCAAAGGGGUGUGUCCCUAAGAGGGGUCCAGUACACAGAGCUCCUGACAUUUGAUACCCCUGUCACCACUGAGGCACCAUCUGCCACCUGCCUCCACCUGCUCUACAAACUGUCUGAACGCAGAGGGCCACAGGGUGGACAGGUGCGUCUGAGCACCAUGCCCAGGAAGGCUGACUUCCAGGUGGAGCUGGGGGCGGUCCGCUCUGAACUGGACAUCAGCAUCGUGGACCGCCUCAACUCUCUGCUACAGCCACAGAAACUGGUCACCACAGAGAUGAUGGCAUCUCACAUGUACACGUCCUAUAAUAAACACAUCAGCUUGCACAAGGCCUUUACAGAGGUCUUCCUUGAUGACAGCCGUACUCCAGCCAACACCCACGUGUCGAUAAGAGUCAAUGCUCCUGUGUUGAGCCUGGUGGUGCGCUUCCCCAUCCCAGACCUGCGUUCGGACCAGGAGAGAGGCCCCUGGUUUAAGAAGUCCCUGCAGAAGGAGGUUCUGUACCUGGAGCUGGAGGACCUGGAGGUGAAGACAGAGUUCACAGGCGGCAGCUCCCCAGAGCAGACCAAGAUGGAGCUCACCUUCAGAGAGCUAGUCGGGAAGUUCCAGGAACAGGAGGACCAGCCUGCAGCCAGGUUCCUCAGGGUCUCCCACACCAUGGAUGGAGACAUGACCACCUCUGACAGUGGGAAGUUUGACUGGCCCAGAGUGGUGCUGAAAAUCAACCCCACCGCUGUCCACUCCAUCCUGGAGCGUGUGACUGCGGAGGAGGAUGAGGGGGCCGAAAGCCACUCCCCAGAGGAGGAAGAGGAGGAGGAGGGGGGAGGUGCCCACUCACUGAAGGAUGUCUGUGAUUUUGGGAAGCCUGAACCCUCCCCCUUCUCCUCACGCCGGGUCAUGUAUGAGAAUGAGGAGAUGGUCAUUCCUGGUGAUGUGGCUGAAAUGACAGAGUUCCAGGAGAAAACCAUGAGCAAUUCCCGCUUUAUCCUAGAGUUGUGCUUGCCAAAUGUGCAAUUAUCAUUACCCAACAAGGCCUUUUAUGAGAAACUGCAUAACAGGAUAAACAAUGACCUGCUGUUAUGGGAGCCCAACGCUCCCUCGCCUGUGGAGACAGUGGAGAACAUGCCGUAUGGAGUAGGGCUGUCUGUAGCCAGCCAGCUGAUCAACGCUGCACACUACACCAAGGACAGCUUCAGCCCGUUCCGCUCCACUGGCCCUGAGGAGGAGGACAGUGGAUCAGAGGAGGAGACCAUGCACCACUACUCCCCUGCCUCUGAGCAGUGCUUCAGAUCUCGCAGGAAGAAGAAGCCCAAGGCCCAGAGCAAGACCUCACAGAGCGUGUUCUCUGUAAUCCUCACUGUCAACCACGGCCUGGUGGCUCUGCAGACCAGCGCUAAGCAGGAGGAUAAGACUAUUUUAAAUAACCGACAUGGAGAGUUCUGGUUGGAGGUGAAGAAUGGGGUCCUGUUCAGUGUUACACAGUACGAAGGCUACAAAGACAGGCACUACAUCUGCUUCCACACCAGCAACAUCUGUCUCUAUCACCAAGGUCUGGUGGAAGGAGACACCCCAGUGUCCGACAUCAAGCUGCCCUGCAGGACGCGUCCUCAUUGGCUGGAGCCGGCCAUCUACCCCUCUGAGACUGAUAGGGCGUCCCCUUCCGAGGGCAUCGGCCUGGAGGACCACAGCAUGUUGUCUGUCGCCGUCAAGAUCUCCUCCCAGAACAUGGAGCGCAAUGUCAAGGAGUUCCUGGUUGCAGUGGGAGUGAGAGGGACCACACUCCAGCACCGAGUGGUUCCCCCAAAACUGGGCUGGUAUGACCAGAUUGUGGACUUCCUGAAUGUGUCUGAUGAGCCUGUGUUGGGUUACAUCCCACCUGCCUCAGUCACCACCCUUCAUCUGCACCUGUGGAGCUGCUCAUUGGACUACAGACCCCUGUACCUGCCACUCAGGUCUCUGUUGGUAGUGGAGACAUUCAGCAUCUCCAGCAGUGUCUCCUUAGACCACUCAUCCUCCACUCUCAGGAUCAUUUUGGAUGAAGCAGCUUUGUUCCUCUCUGACAAGAGCAAUGCCGUCUCUGUAAAUCUAAUGCGAGACUAUGUGCAGGUGGUAGACAUGGGAACAUUAGAGCUGAGGAUCACUGCUGUCAAACCUGGAGUGGACGGAGAAUUGACUGAGCCCAGAUUUGAGCUGCGCUGCUCCAGUGACGUCAUCCACAUCAGAACGUGUUCAGACUCCUGUGCUGCUCUGAUGAACCUCAUCCAGUAUGUGGCCAGCUAUGGAGACCUAGUGACCCCUCCUGGGCCGGAGGCCAAAAGCACCUGUUCCAAGCAUAGAGCCAAGUCGGAGGCUUCAAGCCGGCCCCCUUCCCAGGCUCCUCCGCUCCCCGACGCUGAGCAGCAGAUGCUGCAGGACCUGAUGAGUGAGGCCAUGGAAGAGACAGACAACCAGCACAGCCUGGCCUUGCAACACAAUGGAAUUCAUGAGGAGCAGAAUAAUGACCUCGACCAGCCUCGCUCUGACCUCUUCCUUUUCCCGGACGAGAGCGGAAAUCUGCCACAAGAGCUGAGUCCCACUUACCCUACGCUCCACUCACCCCUCAUCACCCCUGCCCCUAGCCUGGUCCCAGAGACCGACGACUUCUGUAUUCUAGAGACCCCGGGCUCCAGAGCAGACGAUCGGGACGAGGAGCCCGUGGUGAACAAGUUAAUCCCAGACUCCAUUGAGAUCAAAGACGACCACUUUGGCCUGCCCCUGGACAGCAGCGACUCCAGCAGAGGAGCCCUGAACUUCCCUGUCCCAGAGCUGCGCUACCUCAUCAGGGAGAUCUCUGUCAUCUGGCACCUGUACGGGGGGAAGGACUUUGGGAGCUCCACAUUCACCUCCUCUCCAGCUAGAAGUUGGGGGUGUACCCCACACAGCUCCCCCUCCCAGACCCCAGUCAGACAGGGCAGGGGUGGAGGACGGGCCGGGGGAGGGCGGGGCAGGAACCCUGACGUCCUGAUGGAGAUCCAGCUCAGCAAAGUGCGGUUCCAACAUGAGGUAUACCCCCAGGCCCCGGUGGCCUCUGGGUCGGCGGCGGACCAGCCUGUGUCCCGGCAGGUUCUCAUCGUCCAGGACCUGGAGAUCAGAGACAGACUGGCCACCUCCCAGAUGAACAAGUUCCUGUACCUCUACUCCAGCAAGGAGAUGCCCCGCACGGCCCACUCCAACAUGCUGACAGUUCGGGCUCUGCACAUGUGUCCAGAGACGGGUCAAGCACCCCAGGAGUGCUGUCUGAGAGUCUCACUCAUGCCCCUUCGCCUCAACAUCGAUCAGGAUGCAUUGUUUUUCUUGAAAGACUUCUUUGCUAGCCUUGCUGCUGAAGUUGAGAUGUUCUCUCCACCUGAUCAAGAAGCACUGUGUGUUUCAAUGAAGAAGCCGUCUGCCCCAGAGGUCUCGUGCAGCUUCACUAAGAAUGGAGGUGGGAGCCAGGACCCUGCCCCCAUCAUCUCUGUGCCUGCCCAGAGCCGCUCCAGCCUCAGUCUCAACGGCCUCACCCUGCCCAGUAACAGCGACUCUGGGGAAGCUGAGGCUGCCACUGCAUCAUCCUUCACUGACCAGCCCAUCUUCUUCAGAGAGUUUCGGUUUACUUCUGAAGUUCCCAUUCGUCUGGAUUACCAUGGGAAACAUGUUUCAAUGGAGCAGGGAACAUUUGCUGGUAUUGUGAUUGGGUUGACACAGCUGAAUUGCUCCGAGUUGAAACUAAGGCGGUUAUGCUACAGACAAGGACUGUUGGGAGUGGAUAAGCUCUUUUCCUAUGCAAUAAAUGAGUGGCUGAACGACAUCAAGAAGAACCAGCUGCCAGGACUGUUGGGUGGAGUGGGACCUAUCCACUCGCUGGUACAGUUGGUCCAGGGAUUUAGGGAUCUGGUGUGGCUCCCGAUAGAGCAGUACCGGAAGGAUGGUCGGGUUGUACGUGGAUUGCAGCGGGGUACUGCUUCCUUUGGCACCUCCACAGCUAUGGCUGCUCUGGAGCUUACCAACCGCAUGGUGCGGACUAUCCAGGCAGCAGCAGAGACUGCCUAUGACAUGGUAUCUCCAGGAUCCGAUGAGAGGGAAAUGAAGAGAAUAAAACGGUUCUCUCAUUACCGAUUUGCUCAUCAGCCAGUUGAUCUAAGAGAAGGAGUAGCCAACGCUUACAGUGUUGUAAAAGAGGGAAUCACGGACACUGCUCUGACCAUCUAUGACACGGCCACACGGGAGCACGAGCAGCGUGGGAUGACCGGGGCAGUGGGUGGGGUCCUUAGACAGCUCCCCCCAGCUGUGGUCAAGCCUCUCAUCAUGGCCACCGAGGCCACCUCCAACGUACUGGGGGGCAUGAGGAACCAGAUUCACCCAGACGCACGCCAGGAGGAAUCCCAGAAAUGGCGGCAAGGGGAGGAGUGAUUGCCGACUGCUGUCCAAUAACUGAAGAGAUGAUUGUGCGGAAUCAGAGGGCGGUGUAUUUUGUUUCAGAGAACACACUCCGUCUCAGCUGUUGCAAGGCCUUUUGAGUUUUACAAGCUGGAAGGAACUGACUCUGCAGAUUUAAUUUUUGAUGCAAAAAAUCGAAUCACAUUUUAUUUGUCACAUGCUUCAUAGACAACCGGCAUAGUAGACUAACAGUGAAAUGCUUACUUACGGGUACUUUUCCAACAAUGCCGAGUUAAA